AUGAAGGCGCUUAGAGCUGGGUCGAAGGAGGCCGCCUCCUGUCCGGCCAUCAUCUAUGUUGCGGGAGCCACGGUGGACCUCCCCCCCGAACAGUGGAAGCUGCUCGCAGAGGAUAAGCAUCCUCUCACGGCCCGUCUGUUCGACUUUGUCACCGGGUGGUUUCAGGGUCGCGUCGACGAGGAUUUUGCGCGCGGCUCCAUUCAGUGCACCCGCUCCCGCCAGCUUAAGGAUCCCGAGCGUCUAUUGGAUCUGGACGCGACGUCAUUGAAGGGCUCCUGCGGCAACAUCGCUUGUCUGUUCGCGUUCGACAAGAUCCUUGCCCAGUUGGACGCGGUCGCUGCCAGUGGAUCCGGGCCGCAAUUCUCGAGGCCAACCGCGAAGACUCUGAAUGCACUGCGGCAUGAGGCGUACCAAACCGCCGAAGAGCUCGCGUUCAACUUGAGCGUGGAUUUGACGCGACCCAUGCAAGGCGGUGAGGCUGAAAGGGCUGAAACGGGGAAGGUGCAGAAAGUGGCUACGGGUGCGCAGGUUGCUGACCAUGGUGUUCUCGCUCUCACAGGUGCUGCUGGUGUUUCGAACCGCGGAGGUGCUCGGGGGGGUACGGUGGUCCACGCUGAUGACGAAGGGGCCGAGGAUACCGUGACUAAGGGUGCAACCCGCGAUGAGGCUGGCCGCGCUGUUGCGCGUGAGGGGGAGGAGUCGAGCGAGGAGGAGGCGGAGGCUCACGUGGUAGCGGCCGCGGCAUCCAGCAGGCCCACUACAUCCGGCAAGAGCAUCAAGCACCUCGCGCAGCACUUGGCCCCCGGUGCUGGAAGCGCGGGCCCGAGUGGUGAGGUCGCGAGCAAGAGUCCCGUGACAGGUCCGCGUGAUCACGCGUCCCUGUCCUCGUUGCCAUCGCAUAAGCUUGCUGCUGAGAUCCUGCAGCUCGAAUUCAGGCUUGCAGCGCUGGCCGAAGAGAACGCACGGCCGAAGAAACGCCAGGAGUCGGGGGUUGGUGGGGUCGCGGUCGUGGGCUCUGAGGAGCUUGCGUCCGCGCUUGCUAAUGCGGUUCGGGUGUUGGAGAAGGAGGCGAGGGCGAUCGCGCAGGAAAGAGCGGCCCUGGUCGAUACCCGUAACCAGGAGGCGUUGGUGCUGGGGCGAGUGGACGCGAGGCUGGGACAGCUGCAGGGGGUUGUGACAGGCUCCAUGGAAGCCGCUCAGAAGAAGCUGACGGACGAGGUUGCGCGGAAGAUCGACAACAUGUCGACCGCGGUCUCCGUGACAGCAGAGCGGGCAAUCACCACCAGCGGGGUCACGAACGCGCUGCACACCCUCAUCGCGCUCGUUGGAGGAGCCCCCCCGCCGCGCACGGAUAAUGAAGGAACGGCCGCGACGGAGAUUGCCGAGCCCGGGGAUGCAGAGCUUGGAAAGCGGGCAGCGGGUGCGAAGGCGGAGAAUCAACGGGGGGCGAAGAGGCAGAGAGGUCCCCAGGCAGCGGCCGCGGUGCGCAAUCCGAGCGUGCAGGACAUGCUGAAGCAGAAGUGGGGCGCUGCAUCGCGAGGUGCAGCACCGCCUGGUCAACCGGGUUCGAGCUCGCGCUCCAUCCCACCUGGAGAAGCUGCAACCAAACCACCGGGCCCUGCCGGGGCAACCGCGACAGUGACAAGUACUGUGGGUUGGGGCAAGGGUAAGGCGGAGGAUGGAGAGGCGCCGGCUGCUGCGGGUUCGCUGGCCUCAAGGCGUGAGGUCCAGUCCGUGGCGGGUGCUGCGGCAGAGGGCAGGCAGACCACGCUCGCACCCGCUCGUGCUGCAAUCACCGCGGGACAUCUGCACAGCGCACUGGCAUCUGCAAGUCCUAUCGCGGCCUCGGUCGAGGGCAAGGCAGAGAAACGCGGACGGGGUGGCAAGAAGUUGCCCACUCCACCCGUGUACACGAUCGACGAGGACGAUCGCGCAAUCGCCGCGAGGAAGAUGAGCCACAGGUUGUUGCGGACCCGAAGGCGGUCGCCGCCGCGAUCGUGUCCGGAGUCGUGA